UCCAAAGAGGCUUACAGUGUGUUCAAGGGAUACAUUUUAUCAGUACUUGCAUUCCCUGGGAAUUAAACCCAGACCUUUGGAGUUGCCAGCACUACGAUCUACCAGUUGAGCUGCAAAAAUGGGCAAUUUAAUUGAUUGGAGAGUGUUCAGCACUUUAUCUGAUUCAGGAACAGCUAUUCCUCCAAAUGGAAUAAAGAGGGAAUAUUGGCAGCCAAUGGAGAGCCUAUGAAAAGGGGGCUUUAGUUAACUGAUCGAGGUGAGCUACGAAUCGUCAAACUGAUCUGACAUGAUGGAGUUGACCGUGUCCUUCUUCGUUUCAUUGUUGGUUUACAUCUUGACCUUCUUGCUUGGACUUCCUGCCAAUCUCCUUGUUCUUUUCGUGUACAUCCGUAAGGCUCGAAAACACGGUGCCACCCCCAAUGUAGUCUACGCUCUAAACCUGUGUGUGGCAAACCUGGCUCUAGUGUCGUGGAUGCCAGUCAAAGUGGCCGAGACGCUCCAAGGUUGGUCGCUUCCAGCUGCGGUUUGUCCCAUUUUCAGCUUCUUUCUGUUUUCUUCGGUCUACGGUAGUAGUUUGAUCCUCACAGCAGUCGUCGUGGGCCGUUAUCUGAGCAUCGCCUAUCCCAUAACUUACAAACUAUACCGCCGGGCCCAUACCUCUUGCCUGGUGAGCGCAUUCUUGUGGCUUUUAGUGCUUGUACACUUGGGUUUUGCUUAUAUUGCUGAAGGAGGGGGCCAUUUUGUGUCUUUAUCAGAGGAGAAUAUCUCGGCAUGCUAUGAAAACUUCACAGAGGAGCAGUUGGAAGUGCUGGUGCCAUUACGCCUGGAGAUGGCACUGCUGCUCUUCCUGGUGCCACUUGUUUUGUCAGCAUUCUGCACACUGCGCUGCCUUGUGCUUGUCAGACACUCAGCUUUGCCCUCUGUUGGGAAAAGAAGGGUGUUAGCCAUUGCACUCUCCACUUUAGUAGUAUUUGUGGUAUGUUAUUUACCCUACAAUGUUUCCCACGUGGUGGGCUUUGUCUUGUACACUAAUGUGGAGUGGAGAAGUGAAGCCAUGCUUUCCUGCUCCUGCAACGUAUUUCUUGAGCCCGUGGUCAUGUUGAUGCUUUCGCCGUGGACGCCGAGGGAUUUGGUGGACAGAUUGUGCCGCAAAUAA